AUGUCUUCAACAAAGAGCUCGAAACAACCCCUAUCGCUCAAGGCCGCUUUUCAGGCCUUAACGACCGCCUUCAAGGAUCCCCUAACUGCCGAGACUUGUGGGGCUCGCCUUGGGGUCGCAGCAGACAGGAUUGACCAGGCGCUCGAGGCGUUCACCAGCACCUCCGAUAAAGUCAAGCUCGCCAAAUUCCAUCCCGAACUCUUGAGGGUGGGGAUCCGGUUCCUGACCCAAAGCCCAACCCGCAAAGACAACAUCACCCUAGUCAACACGCUCGUUAAAUGCAACUGCCCCACAUCACCUAGCGACAUUCAAAGGAUGCUCGCCCUACACACCCGUCCCCCUGGGAGGGAAAACCGCUAUGGGCGUGUGCAGGUAUCCAACACGUGGAUGCUGUUCGAUGCGAUAUCAACGCUCUGCGAGUUGAUAUCCCUCGCACUCUCGGACCUCACGCAACACAAGUUUCGUAACUUGAACCCCGAGGAAGUCGAUUCGAUGCGUCAACCUUGGCCCCAAGGGCCAGAAGAUUUACUACCCCCUGGACCAGAGAAGGCGUUGGAGAGACUGGAGUUCUGGGUGUACGAGGCCCCAUUAGGAUGCAGGAUCUACAAGCUGGCGGGGUCCCUGGCGACCUUCUACGCACCCUUUGCCAACAGCGUUGUCCAGUUGAAGCCCGAGAUGGCUGGAAGAUUUGCUGUCAUCCGAGCCAUGGGAUACUUACACGCUGCCAUAAGCCUCUGGGAUGCGACCGCCAAGGAGACCAAAGAUUCAGAAGAACAAAAGACGAAGUUCUCCAAGGAGCUUCACCAGCUAUUCGACGCACCCAUCUUCACCAUCUUUGACUUCUGGGAUACCCUUUCAAGGUGCGACGUCCUGAAGUUCAACAAAAUGAUGGGGGUGACCGCGAUGCGCCUCAAAGAUGUGUUCAAGCGCCUCGAGGAAAUACUCCCCGGCCUGGAACCUCACGAUAAGUGGCGGAAAGCGAUGGGAAUGGUGUGGUUAUAUUCCGCUUACGCCAAUGCCGAGUUCGACUAUGAAACGGGCAUUGGAGUCUAUAAGAUCAGGCGCAACAACGUCCUGAUGCCCCCGCCUCAAGAGGGAACCACCUGCCAUGGCGACGUUUUUGAAGCAUUGGGGGAGGUGCGGAAGGGCGGAUGCCUCCACAUCCAAUGUACAGCCCAUAUCAGGAUAGAAGCUAAGCACGGUAGGCUCUGUGGUGGGUGCAACGUUGUCAGGUACUGUGGCGAGAAGUGUCAAGAGGAGGCCUGGAACAACAAAAUCGCACCACAUAAGAAGCUCUGUAAAAAAGUUCGGCAGGUCCGGGAGGCCCUUGGUCCAGCAUAUUGGCUGAGUCUAUGGAGCCCGGAUGCUUCUUCCGAUACUUUCCAGGCAAUGUGCGAUGAAAAGGGGAUUGAGAGAGGACUUUUGGAGGAGGUUAAAAAAAUCAUCGGUGUGACCCUCGCCAACAAGCGGGCAUUCACUGAAAAGGUAGAAGAGAAUGAACUUCCACCUGACGAAAAGGAGAGACUAGCUGAACAGAAGCGCUUGAAGCGGCUGUUUGAUGCUGAGUUCAUAGCAGAAAUGGAGGCCCGGGGAGCAGUACGCCUCACUCGAAAGUGCUUAGGAAUCGAGAUUGAGACCGACUUGGACUGA